GCUUUGCACAUGGUGACCUUCUCUCAGAUUUGGAUCCGCAACAACUUACAGCUCGGAGUGGGAGAGUCUAUUUGAUAUUUACGGCUAGCCUUCGGACAGCAAAAUUUCUGGAGACACCUCUCAAAGAGAUGGAACCGAACAAGAGUCCUCCGUUCACGAAAUAUUCUUCUUUCUACAAAAACAAAACAAAAUCAUGGAUUCAUGUUGAGAUGAUUCACCAUUGAUCAAUUGGGCAGGCACGAAGAAAGUGAAGCAAUGUUAAAUUAUAGAAUUUGCUGGCACACUUUUGAAGUCCCACCUCCUUAAACAUGUUCCACCUAAUUCAAUCAUCCAUUCAUCCCAUGCUGACGUGUCACUUUCCACCAUGCAUGACUUUCCAAGGAAGCACCAAAACUCUCUCUCUCUCUUUCUGUGGAAAUCGCGAUUGACGAAAGUUUAGGCCACUGGCCGUUUUAUUUGGAACCUGGGUUUCUUCCCUCCGGGUCAGUUUCAUCAUUUUCAUUCUUUAUUAUAAUGAUUAUUUGAAUGGGAAAAAAAGAAUGAUAAUAGUUCAGAUUAAUAGUAAAAAUGGGGUGUCAUUUAGACUCGAUGAUGAUCGAUUUGGCACAUUCGAAUAAUUAAAAGCGAAUAUGCUUUUAUUGCGCCAACUGCUCUUCUUCUUCUUGGAGGUGCGUAUUUAUUUGGGUUUGGUUGGUUCUUAGCCAUUUUUUUAAAUCGGUUCGUCUUUCAAAAAGUAUGUGUGCAACAGAGAGAGAGAGAAACACAGAAUCCGAGUUGGGUUUUGGUAUUUGAUUAAUAAAGUUCGUUUGUUUUUUAAUUUGGGUUGUUGAAAAAUUACACAAUCGUUGAGUUCGUUGCUGUUCCUUAAUAUAUCUUGUUGGGUAUUUGAGGGCGGCGUUUGUGUUUUAUCUUAUCUACAUAUUAAUUGCUUUUGAGCCAAAAAGUACGGAAAUUUUGAGUUGUAAUCUUGGGAUUUUGCGAUCUGGGUACUUGGAAUAUAGGGGUUCUUGUUGUUUUAAUUUUAUAAAGCUCACAUAUUUGUGGGGGGCAAUCAGACGGGCUCUUAGAAAUUAUGAUUGGAUUGUGAGAUUUUAUUAUCUGGGUGGUUUAAAGAUGUACGCGGUGGAGCGGCUAAGUAGCUAUAUCACCAGGGGGGUGUACACCGUCUCCGGCCCAUUCCAUCCAUUUGGUGGGGCGGUGGAUAUAAUUGUAGUUGAACAGCAAGAUGGGCGCUUCAAGUCAUCGCCUUGGUAUGUUCGGUUUGGGAAAUUUCAAGGGGUUUUGAAGGCCAAGGAGAAGGUGGUCAAGAUUAGUGUCAAUGGAGUGGAAGCUGAUUUCCACAUGUAUUUGGAUCAUAAAGGGGAAGCUUACUUUCUCACGGAGAUAGAUGUGGAAGAAGGGGAAACUGUACCAUAUUCUGUGUCCUCUGGGGAUGAGACGGAUGGGCGGUUCCAGAAUGAUAGGCGGCGGCCUUUGAAGUCCAGAAGUUACCAUUUUGAUGCUAAUACGUCGAAUUCAGCUGAUAAAAUUGAUGUUUUGAGGAAUGGGAAGGCUUUGGCAAGGACUACUUCCCGGCGGCCAAGGAUACUUGGGCAUGUUUUUGGCCGGAGGAGGUCGAUGAAUCAGGCGGGAGAGGGUGAUGAUGACGUGGCAAGGGCAGAUUCAUUGGAUCGUGCUGAGAUUGCAGCCAACCUCUUGGAGGUUAAUUGGUCUACCAAUCUUCAUAUUAAUAAACCUCGGAAAGAUAAUGCUUAUAAUAAAGAUGUGCAGAUUACUGAUGGAAAAGGCGAGGUGAGCUCAUCUGAGCAUGGCAAUGCCAAUAAAGAUGUGCACAAGGAAACUGGUUCCCACAAUGAGCAAAUGGGUGAAAGCUCUCCCCCUGGAUUUGAAAAUCUUCCAAGUUUUGUUGAGGAAACUAGAAUAGAAGUUGCAUGUUUUAACACCCCAGAACAAGUUACUGAAACUUCUGUUGCAGAUGAAGGUGUUUUGGAAGGGAAAUGCGAGGUGAUGUCUACAUUAUCAAGAAAGAUUGACGUGGGGGAUGAUACUGAAAAUGAUGAGAAUGUAAAAGUUCAAUAUUCCAUUGAGCAUGAAGAGCACCUUGGAAAGCAUACUGAUGAAGAACAGGUUUUCCAUGUAACGAAUGUUUUGCCAGUCUGUGGCAUUUCCCAGGAGGAGAGUGAAACAGGUAGUGUUCGCUCAUUUAUAUAUUGUGAAACAUCUGAGGGAGCAAUAGUGGCAAUGGAUGGUUCCAGUGAACAAACUCGUGGAGGACACGUGGAAGUCCAUGUUCAUGCUGAAAUGCUGCAUUCAACAACUGAACUGCUAUCGGAGGAUACAGUUACUCUUCAUGUUGCUGAAGGUGGUGAUUUUCAGACACAACCAGUGGAGGAUGCUGAGAAUCAUUCCCAGCAAAUGAAUCCUUCUCAUUCUUUCAUACAUAAAUGCAAUGUGAUGGACCUUGAAGGGUCACCGAUAGCACCAGAAGUCGAUACCCAAAUGGUCAGUGCGGACCCAACACUUGGUUUAGAUGACAAAUUAGAGUCACAGAGCAUUUGCACCAUUUCCGGUUUCAGCAACUCAGCUCAUCAGGCUCAAGAUAAGGAAACCAACAAGGAUGAAGAAAUCACAAGCAAGUUCCCACCUUCUUUGGAGUCUAUUGGUGACUGUGUCCCAACAAAAGCAAUAAGUACAUUGUCAUCUGGGAGUUCAGAGGAAGAACAGUUUCUGUUCGGUGACCUUGAUGAAAUCAGUGAGGUGCAGCGCAUGGAGUCAAUAUCUCCAGUGCAUGUGGAUAAAGAAAGUCCCUCAAGUGGUCCUGAAGGCAUUAAAGAAGCAAAUGGGUCAGUCAAUGAAAGAUAUGACCCAUCUUUGUUUUCUGAAAAAUCUGCUCAAGAGAAUCCAUUUAUUGAUCUUGAAGGCUCGACAGAAAAAUUAAGGAUAUCAUCAAGCCCCAUCAUCAUACCUAGAAGUCAUAAAGCUUAUGAGGACGUUGGUCUGCCCGUAGAAUCGUUGCCCAAUUUGUGGUCACACACCGUAAGUCCAGAUGCACAUGACUUUCGUCGUCCUCUCAGCCAAUCACUGGAUUCAAGUUCCAAAUCCUUGAAUUCAAAAUUGCAGAGCAAAGAUGAUUCAAGCUAUAUAAAGUCUGAUAAAGAUCCACAAUUGGCACCGGAGCAGCCAAAUAUUGAGGAUAUACAGAUUUCAGUGGAGCCUAUAAAUGUUCUUGCCAAUUCUGCAGUCGAGAUAUCUCUUUGCAAGCACUUGUUGUAUGAAGGGAUGGGGGUUGAUGCAGCUUCUCAAGCAUUUGAUGCUGAAAAGUUGGAUGUAAAUAGAUUUACCUCUCUAGGUCCUGAGGUUGUGAAGGAUGAUAGGCUUGUUGUCAAAAUUGAUGGCCGUUAUUUCCCAUGGGAUGUGGCUGGUCCUAUUAUGUUAGGGAUGGUCUCAUUUGGAAGUGAACAAAUAUUUGAACCAACAGGCAUGAUAGCAGUUGACAAAGUUGAAAAAUCUCUUACAGGAGAUCCAUCAAAAUCCAGUAUUGCCUCUAGGGGAGGCUGGAGGAUUUGGCCUUUUUCUCUCAGGAAAUCAAGGUCCAAGAAGGGUUUGCAGCCAGUUCUGAAUGAUGUCAGAAAUUCUGAUGCUGAGAAUGCUUCAGAGAGCACCACGGGGAUGGAUGGAGAUAAAGAUGUGUUUAAACCGAAGGUGGUGAGGAAGAUUGUUAGGGCAAUGACUCCAACGUCUGAGCAACUAGCAUCCAUGAAUCUAAAGGAAGGGAGGAACACAGUAACCUUCACAUUCUCCACGGCGAUGCUGGGGAAGCAACAGGUUGAUGCGAGAAUAUAUUUGUGGAAAUGGAACACUCGUAUAGUAAUCUCAGACGUGGAUGGGACAAUUACAAAAUCGGAUGUUCUAGGUCAGUUCAUGCCUUUGGUUGGGAUCGAUUGGUCACAAACAGGCGUUGCUCAUUUAUUUUCGGCCAUUAAGGAAAACGGGUAUCAAUUGCUUUUUCUUAGUGCACGUGCAAUUUCUCAGGCUUAUCACACUAGACAAUUUCUAUUCAACCUUAAGCAGGAUGGGAAGGCUUUACCAGAUGGGCCUGUUGUUAUUUCUCCCGAUGGACUUUUUCCUUCUCUAUAUCGAGAAGUAAUCAGGAGGGCUCCUCAUGAAUUCAAGAUCUCAUGCUUAGAGGAUAUCAGGGCAUUGUUUCCUUCUGAUUGCAAUCCAUUCUAUGCUGGUUUUGGAAACAGAGAUACUGAUGAAUUUAGCUACCUUAAGGUUGGAAUCCCGAAAGGAAAAGUUUUUAUUAUUAAUCCGAAGGGUGCAGUUGCUAUAAACCGCCGUGUUGACACAAGAUCAUAUGGUUCACUUCAUGCUCUUGUGCAUGACAUGUUUCCACCUAUGACCUCGUCUGAGCAGGAGGAUUUCAAUUCGUGGAAUUAUUGGAAGUUGCCGCCUCCUGUACUCCAUGUUUGAAGGGGUCAGCCACAUUAACUGAUUAACCCUCUCCACGUGGAGAGGGAUUGGUGUUGCAAGUGCCUGUAUGGAAUUAUGCUGGGUAUAUGUGACCAAUGCUGAUGGCAGAAGUCCCACUUUGUUCAUAUUUUUGCUUGGCUGGCUAUUUAAUUGGCAACCAGAAAGUAGCUAUAGCAGAUUUACAGUAGAGGAGUUGGAUCUGUCACUCCUGUACCCUGCCUGGAUACAUUAAAAUUAGCAAAAAAAAAAAUCAGUUUUGUGGUCUGCUCUUGCCAUUUACUAACAAUCCAAUACGUAAUCAUCUGUUGAAAUCCAACUAGUUAGGCAUAGUUUGUUCUGGUGUAAAAAUUCUCUUAAAAUAGUUUCUCUUGAUCCGUUCAUAGCUAGGUGAUACCCAGUUUAUAGUUGAUUGCAGUUAUGUGUAUAUGACAGGAUCCUUUUUCUCUUUCCCUUUUCCACGGGAUGAUUAUUAUGGCUUCUUUUUCAUCUUAAUUUUGUACUGUAAUAUUUCUUCUACUGAUGUUACUAUUGCUUGUUCAACUUGUCUUUUUUGAGUACGUUAGUCU